AUGUACCAUACUGCGUGGACUCAGAAACAUUCCUCUCUUCCUUCGGACAGGAUAGCGCCACCACCUAGACCAAGCUCUUCCCAGUCCAACUCGAAAUCUAAGGGAAAGAAUGUUAAAUCAGACCAGGGGCCUCCAAAAAGUAAAGAAGUACGGAGACUCGAAUCGUUGCUUUCGUCGCUCAAAGGCUCGGAGUCACCUAAGAAGGAUCCCAAGGGUGGCUGUUUCUGCCAAGCUCGAAAUCAUCCUCUAUCCUCGUACACGCCAAUCUGUCGAACCUGUGGUCUAAUCCUCUGUAAUGUCAACCAGCCGUACUUUGCAUGCCCGCAUUGCCUAGCAUCCCUUAUAUCCGGGAAUAUUCGCGAUUCUCUCGUGAGCCGUAUACAAGCCCAAUUGGACCAAACAAUAGCUAGGGAAGUGGCCGCUCGAGAGCGCGCUAUCGAAGAAGCCAAACAACAAGCUGGUGCUUUUCCUACACUCUACGGGACCACACCUACUGCCAAACCUAUUGCUCCCCAGCCGCAGACUCAUAAAGUCCUGUCACUCAAUUCUAAAUCGAAAAAAGUUCUUCUUUCGUCUUACACAUCCACGCCAGCAUCUUCGAGACCGGCUUCUCGCUCAGAAACCGAGGACGAAGAAGCGGCUAUCACGCGAAUACCUCCGCCUUCUAUGGAGAUGAACUUCGCACGGGGUAGCAUUGAUCCUGCUCGACCAUGGGCCAAUCUUGUCAACGAAAACCCGGAAUACGUCUCUCCGCCAACUCAGGGAGAACCUGCUAGUCGGAGAAGACGGAGGAAAGGGAAGGAUAGAGAUAACGGGUCCAGGGCUCAGGAUGACAAUGUCACUGCUUCACGCCCAUAA